AUGCUGGUAAGACUACUCAUAAAACUAAUACUUUCUACAUUGGUAAAAGCCAUUGCAUCAGUAUCGUCAGAAGAUGGCGAUGAAGAUGAAUUGUUACCGAUUCCAGAUCUUCCAGAUAAAGGUGACCCACUUACAGGCGAUCCAGAUGUUGAUCUCAGCCCCGUUACAGAGGAGAUGUUUUCAUCAUGGGCUUUGUUCAUCAUGUUAUCGUUGUUGAUCUUCGCAUUAUGGUCUAGUUAUUAUUUGACACAGAAAAAAAUCAGAGCUGUUCAUGAAACUGUACUUUCCAUCUUUUACGGAAUGGUCGUAGGUCUGAUAUUAAGAUUGACUCCCGGUCACUAUAUUCAGAGCUCUGUUACAUUUAACUCAUCAUAUUUCUUUAAUAUUCUUUUACCACCUAUCAUUCUAAAUUCUGGAUAUGAAUUGAAUCAAGUGAAUUUCUUCAAUAAUAUGUUGUCGAUUUUAACUUUUGCAAUACCUGGUACCUUUAUAUCAGCAUGUGUUUUAGGUAUAAUUCUUUUUAUUUGGACAUCAUUAGGUUUAGAGAGUGUCGAUAUAUCGUUUGUCGAUGCAAUGUCCGUUGGAGCAACAUUAUCAGCUACAGAUCCUGUGACAAUCUUGUCUAUUUUCAAUGCUUAUAAAGUGGAUCCAAAGUUAUACACUAUCAUCUUUGGUGAGUCAUUAUUGAAUGAUGCCAUUUCAAUUGUUAUGUUUGAGACUUGUCAGAAGUUUCGUGGUCAACCAGCCACCGUAAGCUCCAUAUUUGAAGGUGUUGGCUUAUUUAUGAUGACUUUCUCUAUUUCAUUGGUUAUUGGGGUAUUCAUUGGUAUAUUGGUUGCGUUACUCUUAAAACAUACCCAUAUAAGAAGAUUCCCUCAGAUUGAGAGUUGUAUAAUAUUAUUGAUUGCAUAUCAAUCUUACUUCUUUUCUAAUGGUUGCCAUAUGUCUGGUAUCGUUUCUUUGUUGUUUUGUGGGAUCACUUUGAAACAUUACGCUUACUAUAACAUGUCUAGAAGAACUCAAUUAACGAUAAAAUACAUAUUCCAAUUGUUAGCCAGACUUUCUGAGAAUUUUAUUUUUAUUUAUUUAGGUCUAGAGCUAUUUACUGAAGUUGAACUAGUUUAUAAACCAAUGCUGAUUAUAAUAACUGCUAUUUCAAUUUGUAUCGCUCGUUGGUGUGCUGUAUUUCCUCUUUCACGUUUUGUUAACUGGUUAUACAGAAUCAAAGCCCAAAGGUCAUCUAAUAUCACAUUAGGAAGCAAUAUUGUAAUUCCAGAAGAGAUCCCAUAUAAUUAUCAAGUAAUGACAUUCUGGGCCGGAUUGAGAGGCGCUGUUGGUGUAGCAUUAGCAUUGGGUAUUCAAGGUGAAUUCAAGUUUACUUUAUUGGCUACAGUUCUAGUAGUCGUUGUACUUACGGUUAUCGUAUUCGGCGGUACAACUGCAGGUAUGCUAGAGGUGUUAAAUAUUAAGACAGGUUGCAUUGACGAAAAUGAUGAUAGUGACGAUGAAUUCGAUAUUGAAGCCACCACAACUGGCAAUAGAUAUAACCAGGAAUUAGGACAAUAUAAUACUCCUUCCAUUAGACAACCAUAUUCUGAUAAUAAUACAAGAUACUUUACGGCUGAAGAUGCAAUGUUACAAGAUGCUAAUAAUUUUGUGAAUGAAACGAAUAGUGCCAUUUCAUUGGAUACUUCCCCUAUUCCAGCUAUGGCAAACGACAAUGUUACAUCAAAGAACGUCAGAAACAGUGUAGUCGAAGAGUCUACAGAAGGCCGAAAUAUGAAGGAUUCUCUAGGGACAAUUUUUAGAUCGGAUUCCCAAUGGUUCCAGAACUUUGAUGAUAACGUAUUAAAACCCGUUUUCUUGGAUAGUAACCCACAGAAUUCUACAAAUGGCAGUGAAGCUAAUGGUUCACAAAGCCAGAGGGGGUUCGAUUCAAGAGAGCAAUAG